AUGUCCACCGAUACAGGGAAACUCACCAUCUCCAUCGACCGAGGUGGUACAUUCACAGAUGUGCACGCUAUUGUCCCUGGUCGCUCGGACAUUAUUUUGAAGCUCCUGUCCGUCGACCCUUCUCACUACCAGGAUGCUCCCACGGAAGGCAUUCGUCAGAUUUUGGAGCUGGCCACGGGGGAGCCACACCCCCGAGGUCAGCCAUUGAAGCUGGACCGAAUUGGCUGUCUGCGAAUGGGUACAACUGUUGCCACCAAUGCCCUGCUAGAACGCAAGGGUGCACGCUCAGUACUUUUCACCACCAAAGGUUUCCGAGACUUAUUAAAGAUUGGCGAUCAAUCGCGCCCCGCCAUCUUUGACCUGUCCAUGGCACGCCCGGGGGUUCUCCCAGAAAGUGUCGUUGAAGUCAACGAACGUGUGCUGCCUUGUCAUCCCUCUGCAGACAGCGACUGUUUCUCAAACUGCCGAAUGGUAGAGGGAGUUACAGGUGAGAAGUUCCGCGUGGUUCAAGAGCUGGACCUUGCGCAAGUGCAGGUAGAGCUCCAACAACUCAAAGAGAAGGGCUAUCAGUCACUGUCUGUGGCACUUUUACAUUCUUUCGCCUACCCCGAGCAUGAACGUCAGAUCGGAGAACUUGCUCAGGAAAUGGGAUUCUCCGUUACCCUUUCCUCCAAGCUUCAGCCCAUGAUCAAAAUUGUGCCUCGCGGCAUGUCAGCUGCUGCCGAUGCCUAUUUAACACCCGUGAUUAAGACAUACAUCGACUCCAUCUCUGCAAGCUUUGAGGGUGGCUUGGAGAGCCAGCAAGACUGCCGAUUCGAGUUCAUGCAAUCUGAUGGUGGACUGGUCGAUUUCCGCAAGUUCAGUGGAUUGAAAGCAAUUCUUUCUGGGCCCGCGGCUGGUGUGGUCGGAUUUGCAGCUACUAGCUGGGACCCCACCGAGAAGACGCCCGUUAUUGGAUUUGACAUGGGUGGCACCAGUACUGACGUUUCGCGGUAUGAUGGCCAUCUCGAACAUGUGUUCGGUUCCAAGCUUGCGGGUGUUUUGAUUCAGUCGCCCCAACUCGAUAUCAACACAGUCGCCGCCGGUGGUGGGUCCAUUCUUAACUGGCGCAAUGGCUUGUUCUACGUUGGACCUGAGUCCGCGAGCGCCCACCCUGGCCCGGCCUGUUACCGCAAGGGAGGCCCUCUGACGGUCACAGAUGCCAAUCUUUUCUUGGGCCGUUUGUUGCCAGAGUAUUUCCCUCGUAUCUUUGGUCCAAAUGAAGACCAGCCUUUGGACACAGAGACAACCGCACGUCUGUUCAAUGAGCUAACGCAAAAGAUCAAUAUUGAGCGUCGACAGCAAUACCAGUCAGAGUACUCUCCCGAGGAGGUUGCGCUUGGCUUCCUGAAAGUUGCAGAUGAAUCGAUGGCUCGGCCAAUUCGCAACCUCACUGAGGCCCGUGGAUUUGAGACUGCAUCCCAUCAUCUGGCUUGCUUUGGAGGUGCCGGCGGCCAGCACGCCUGUUCAGUGGCCGACUCUCUUGGAAUAUCCCGUAUCAUCAUCCACAAAUAUUCAUCUAUCUUGUCAGCCUACGGCCUCGCUUUGGCAGAGGUCGUCAAGGAGUCUCAGGAGCCAAUCUCGUCGGCCUAUUCAUCCUCUCACGCUACCCUCCUUGAACGGUUUGAUGCCAUUGCAGAAACGGCAACGAAGGAGAUGGAAGAUCAAGGGUUCUCUGCCUCGCAGGUUCAGCACGAGCAGUACUUGAAUAUGCGUUAUGAAGGUUCAGACACCAGCUUGAUGAUCCUCAAACCCGCAGACUCGGUGGACUUCCUAGAAGCAUUCCGUGUUCGCCAUCGCCGCGAAUUCAACUUCAACUCCGAGCGCCCUGUUCUUGUGGACGACAUCCGAGUACGGACCAUUGCUUCCUCCAAGGUUCGGACAGAGGAAAGUCCCUUGGUUCAAUUGAAGGCAGCCAAUAUGCAAGAUGUUACCACGGCCCCAGCUAGCACAAGCUCCGCCUAUUUCGACGGCCAGUCAACCCGCAUUGACACGCCCGUGUAUUUGCUGGACGAGCUGGUGAAGAACUCUCGUGUUGCUGGCCCAGCUGUCAUCAUUGACAAUACGCAGACAAUUGUCGUCGCUCCCAACGCAGUGGCCAACCUGCUUGACACUUGCAUUGUCAUCGAUCUUAUUGAGGAUGAAGCUACUGCCUCUGCAAGCAACUCCAUUUCCUCGGGAAUUGACCCCAUCAGGCUGAGCAUCUUUGGACAUCGCUUCAUGUCAAUUGCCGAACAGAUGGGUCGCACACUGCAAAAAACCUCGGUUUCAACUAACAUCAAGGAGAGACUGGACUUCUCUUGCGCUCUGUUCUCUCCGGACGGAGGGCUGGUCGCCAAUGCGCCGCACGUACCAGUCCAUCUCGGAUCUAUGCAAUUUGCUGUGCGAUACCAGCAUCAAAAGUGGCUAGGGAACUUGAAGGAUGGCGAUGUGCUUGUUUCCAAUCACCCUAGCUGCGGAGGUACCCACCUUCCUGAUAUCACUGUUAUCACCCCCGUGUUUGAUCGUCCUGGAGGCUCCGAGAUCAUGUUCUACGUAGCCUCUCGUGGGCACCACGCGGAUAUUGGUGGUAUUUUGCCCGGGUCAAUGCCUCCCAAAUCAACCGAGCUGUGGCAAGAAGGCGCCGCCAUUGAAGGCGACAAGAUUGUCAGUGAUGGGGUUCUGGACGAGGCGCGCCUGAUUGAGCUUCUCGUCACCAAGCCAUCACAGUAUCCCGGCUGCGCUGGGGCCCGCUGUAUCAGUGACAACCUUUCCGAUCUCAAGGCCCAGAUUGCCGCGAACACUCGCGGUAUUACUCUCAUCCAAACCUUGUUCAAUGAAUACGGAACGCAGACAGUGCAAAAGUACAUGUAUGCCAUCCAGGCAACUGCUGAGACUGCUGUGCGGAAUCUGCUGAAGGAACUUUACCAAAAGUUCAACGGCCAACCUCUUGAGUCGGUCGAUUACAUGGACGAUGGUACCCCCAUCAAGCUCAAGGUCACCAUCGAUGGCGAUGACGGAUCCGCCAUCUUCGAUUUUGAUGGCACAGGCCCCGAGGUAUACGGUAGUUGGAAUGCCCCCAUUGCCAUUACUCACUCGGCCAUUAUCUACUGCCUGCGCUGCAUGAUCAAUGCAGAUGUUCCCCUGAACCAGGGGUGCCUGGCACCAAUCGAUAUCCGCGUACCAUCUCCCAGCAUUCUUUCCCCAACCAAGACAGCAGCUGUCGUAGGCGGCAAUGUCGUCACCUCCCAGCGUAUCACCGACGUCGUAUUCAAGGCUUUCCAAGCCUGUGCAGCAUCGCAAGGCUGCUGCAAUAACCUGACUUUCGGCACCGAUCCCAAGGUUGACCCAUCCACUGGCGAUAUCAUCACUCCCGGCUUUGGAUACUACGAAACGAUUGCCGGUGGAAGCGGCGCCGGUCCAACAUGGAAGGGUGAAUCCGGCGUACAAGUGCACAUGACAAACACGCGUAUUACGGACCCCGAAAUUCUGGAAAAGCGCUACCCGACCAUGCUUCGACAGUUCACUUUGCGCGAGGGGUCAGGGGGUCAGGGCAAGAAUCCAGGUGGUGAGGGAGUCAUUCGCGAUAUUGAGUUCCUGUCGCCCAUGAAGUGCUCAAUUCUGUCUGAGCGACGUGUUCAUCAGCCAUAUGGACUUGAAGGGGGACACAACGCGGAAAGAGGAUUGAAUCUUUGGGUUACGCGGGAUGAUGAGACUGGCGAGGAGCGGACUAUUAACAUCGGUGGUAAGAAUACCGUUGAGAUGAAGACGCACGACCGGAUCGUGAUCAACACUGCUGGUGGUGGUGGUUGGGGUGCUGUAUGA